CAGGGAACACUUUUCGUGGUACGUUUCGUCCAAGCACUGCAUUAACGCAGGAUUUUGUCGAGAGUUGGCAAGGCUGUCGUUGCGUUGCGGUUUUCGAGGCGACCCUCGAAAGAUCUAUCGCUUUCCCAGGCGCACCCUAGCUGAUUUCCUUGCCACAACACGGGCUAUCAUCCAGCGCUGCCAGCCAUUCGCGUCACUACAGCUACAAGCACGGCUCCACCUUGUCUGCAAGGGGAAUAGCCACAUACCUGCUUCUUCUGGUGUCUGGGUCAGACAGGGAGUGUGUGGAACACUUGUGACAGGGUAAGACAGGCCUCCCCGAAGAACGAAAUGUCGGGGCGUGCGGCUGGCCUGCCUGCCCGCGCGGUCAUGGUCUGUUUCCUGGCAACGACCAUGAUGUCAUCAAUUCGCCCUCUUGUGUAUAGUUCCGUCGCUCCUACCCGGCAACGCUUCACUUUCCUCAAGCGACUCCGCAUUCGGCCGACCAUACGACGCAUCCGCGGCAUUAAUUUUUCCCGAAACGUUGCACGUAUUCCGGCGUCUUCACCUUUUGAAGAAGACGACGAGGCCAUUGGCCACCCCCCCGAGACCCUCCUCCACAACCAGCAGCCCCAUCGGCGCCGGCGCUUUGGCGGCGCAGUGUCUUAUCGACAGCAGAUUUCGGAGGAGAGCACGGUCACCGUCACGGAGGGCCGGGUAUUUGACUUGCCUCUCCUCCGCCUUCCCCCGCUUCCCUCCCCGCUUCCCCCUCUGUCCCAGCCUGGCCCCCCUCCUUCCCGUCAAGUCAUCGAGACCUACACGGAUUUCCACCAAGCGUUUGAAUCCUUUUCGGAAAAGGAGAAGAAAGCACGCCGGCGAGCUCUCUCCCGCUUGAGUGUGGUGGGGAAAACAGCUGAGCGGGUUCGGGAACACCCCGUCUUGGAAGUCCUCCACGCCCGAGUCCGCUCUCAGUCUCAGCCAGGCCAGCGGACAGAUCCAUACAAAAUCGGAUUGGCGAUCGAAGGGGGGGGGAUGCGGGGGGCUGUCUCGGCGGGG